CCCUCCUUUCGUUGGAAAUUGAUGUUGGGAAACCGAAACGGGAAACUCAAUGUACUACCGAAAGGGAUACGCAUCCUGGAUCUUGAUUGAAGGCGUGGCAUGGGCUGACGACUGUGACGAAGCAUUUGCGUUCACCUCGAAGCGAAAGUCACUCGGAGUACUUAUUCGGAGAUCACGGGCAAGGAUGUAGAUACACAACGCUAGCCCGUGAUGAGCGCACCUUUCACGCAACGUGGAAAGUCAUGUGGGCCGAUGCUCCAAAGCCUGUGGGACCACGUGAGGAGUGAAUACGACUGUGUUCUACUCUCCCCUUACCUGCCCGUCUUGUGCGCUUUCCUGACCCACGUCACCUUUUGCGCACCUUUCCUUCUGCUGGACCUCCUGGCCCCAGUCAGUCAGCGGGUCCGCGCGUGGAAGAUCUCCGCGAAGCAGCCGCCGCCGCCUCUGCGCGCUUGGUUGAAGUGUCUGGGGAAAAUCGCGGUCCAAUACCUGACCGUCUUGCUGCCCGCCAGCGCACUCCUGCAGAUAUCGAGGAGACCCUCUCAACUCCCCGAAUGGUCUCCAAGCAGCUGGCAGCUUUUUACCGACGUUUUUGUCUGCUUUCUGCUUUUCGACGCGCUCUUUUUCUCUUGGCACCUCUGCCUGCACAGGAUCCCAUGGCUCUAUCGCAACGUCCACCAAGAGCACCACCAGCACCAUGCACCCUUCGCCCUGCAGGCCCAGGACGCCAGCACCUCCGAGUUGCUCUCCCUGCUGCUGCUAGCACAGAUCAGUGCCUGCUUGGUGAACUGUCACCCCCUCAGUCAGGUCGUCUUCCACAUUUUCAACACCUGGCUGGCGGUGGAGGACCACUGUGGCUACAACCUGCCCUGGGCUCUGCACAGACUGCUGCCUUUUUACGGCGGAGCCCCUCACCACCACAUUCAUCAUCAGCGGCACAAUGUUAACUUUGCGCCCUAUUUCACCCAUUGGGACCACCUCUUUGGCACAUACAGGAGGGACUGAGGGUGUGUUCAAGUUUCAUCAUUCUUUUUUAGGGCGUGAGAUUUCCAAAUGUCCAUCUGCGCAUCCACCAGUUGCAAUGAAUUACACAUUGGGGAAUCUGUCAUUUGACCGAUCAGUCCUGACAACGCGCCCAAUCUUCCCUGGCAGCUUCGAUCAUGGUUCAAAAUCAAAUGCAGAAAUGUGAUUGUAAUAUAAAGUAUCCACACGUUCAUGUAAGAGCAGGAGUGCUGUUCAAUCUCGUCUAUCUGCUACAUCUUUUCUGUUGAGUUCACAAAUAGAAAUGUCAACUCUUUCAUGCCAGUGUACCAUCCAAAUGCUUUGUGAGAGCUGUUGUAUAUAUUUUGCAUUUAUGUAUUGCUCUUGUAUCGUCCAAAAUGUAAAAUGUUGAUUUUGAGUGUUUAUUGUGCAAUGUAAAUAUCCAAAUUCUGUGAACAUUUUAUGAUAUAAACUAAUUAUUUCCACUAAGCCUUCCUUUAUUUUAUUUUUUUCACACACCCCCGCCACAGCUGUUUCCACUUUCUGAUGCACCUGAUAAGCCCUUAAAGUCAUCAGAGCAGAACAUAGACUGCAGCUCACAUUUCCAGUUUUCUGCCACAGUUUGAGUCAUCUGUGCCCCGACGGUCUUAAGUUCGCUUUGAGAUGGACCCGCAGGGAUCAGAUUAAGAAACCAAAAGCAUAUGUGCAAGAGAUGAGAAAUCAUCUGACAUGUCACCGUUUUUUUUCUCUUUUUCUUAUUUUGUUCAUUUUAUUAUUCUUCUAUUUUCUUUCCAACACAAACUCCGUCCCCCACAUACUUUCUGUCAUGAUUCGGUUUAGGGACCAACAGGUGGCACUGUAGGGCUCCCCCGGCAGCUGCACACCUGUUGGUCAUUUGGUAAUUAGUUGUAUAAAAGGACUCCUGCCCGAACACUCGGUGUCGGGUCAUUGUUGCUUCUCGCUACUGUCGUGUGUGUAGCUGUUUGCGCUUGUUUUCUGUCAUGUUUAGUUCAUUGUUACGUUUUAGAUUUAGUCAUGGUUUUUGUUUGAUACUUUGGUGUGUGUUUUGGAUUUAGUUUUCUUUGUUUUAAAUACAAUUCUUCAAAUACACCCUGCUCCUCUCUCCUGCCUGGUUUUUGGUGUCUACCACCACCUUGCUACGUGACACUUUC